UCCAAAGUACUAAACUCAGGUUAGCCACAUUAUGCGAAAGUGCACCGUGUCAAAGGCUUUGUUACCGAACAAGUCUUGUAGCUUGCUUCCUACCGACUGUUAGCUUACGUUUGGUGGUAACACUAACGAUAUAAAAGUCUGUAUACAAGAGGCAAAAUGAGUGCAAGAGGAGAAACAGCCGAGGAAACCGCUAAAGCUUCAGUUCCCAUCCAGGCUCACGUUAUAGACCAACCGAAAAGAAAGAAAAUUAUUAACAUUGUAUACCUCAUCGCUACUUUGGACAUCACAUUGAUGUUUUUACAGUUCUCCGUCACCCCUUAUUUGGCAAAGAAACUUGGUUUCGACACCUUGUGGCUUGGUUAUUUGCAAACCAUGGUUGGUUUAAUCCAGCUGUUUGGUGGUCCUAUGUUUGGAAGGUUUGCAGAUAUCUUCGGUGCCCGGACAGCUUUGUCCCUGUCUUGUUCUGCGACAAUCGUUUUCUUUCUGCUGCUGGCCAUCGCAUCGAGUCCUGCCAUGCUGUUCCUCCACAAAGUCCCCACAGUCUUCAUGCAUGUUCUACCUGCAUCUCAGAUGGUAGUUGCGGACCUUUCAGAACCUGAUAAACGGGCAGACGCUUUAUCCAAAAUAGGUCUGUGUUAUGGCAUCGGAAUGAUUGCAGGAUCCAUGUUGGGCGGCCAGCUUAACACACGCUAUGGAGAGACGUUUACUGCAUGUGUUGGUGCUGUGGGGAGUGCCUUCAGUUUAAUGUUGGUUUUAAAGUUUAUCCCAACAACUACCAAAGCUCAAGCUACAAGAACCAACAAAGACAGUGAGAACAAAAGCAAGUCAAUAUUCAACGUGGGAGAGAUCACAAGACUGUUGAAGUUUCCAGGUGUGAUGCGGACUUUUGUUGUGAAGAUAAUUGCAGGUUUACCAUCAGGGAUUUUUCAAGUAAUGUUCUCAAUCAUUGCAAUGGAGUUCUUCAAGCUGAAACCCGAGCAGAACGGCUAUCUGAUGGCUUAUUUUGGUAUAACUUCAAUGGUUAUUCAGGGAGGAGUGAUCGGUCGGAUGACUGCGAGAUACUCUGAGGGCUCGCUGCUGCUUCUGUCCAUAGGAAUGUCUUCUUUGGUGGGACUUGCUCAGGCUUACAUGCAGAAUGUGUUCCAGUUCUGCCUUACCGUCAUCCCGAUGAUGUUUGCUCUCAGUACAUUUAACGUCAUCACAGACAGCAUGCUCACCAAGAGUGCACCGUCCUCUGACACAGGCACGAUGCUGGGGCUGUGUGCAUCCGUCCAAUCUCUUCUUCGUACAGUGGGACCGACGGUUGGUGGCUUCCUGUAUGUGAACUACGGAGUUUCCUCCAUAGGCCUUAUCCAGUUUGUCGUGAAUAUAGCUGUGUUUGUGUACCUGCUGCAGCGCCACUUCACAAAGACAGCCAAGCAAAAGGAAUGACAUAUUUUAGGUUUUUUAAAAGCUUAUUUUUCGUAUCCAAUUCAUCCACCAACUGAUAGAGGAGCUGGAAAUUCAAGGUUAGAAUUUUAGGGACAAUCAUCUCUACAUGUGCAUAUAUUCAAUUAAAUCUGUCGCCGGUGUUUACAUGAUGAGAUAAGGUCAAGCCUUUCCACUCCUCCAUUACUCAGAUUUUGCUGCUGGUUAAUCUUUGGUGGAGAUGCAGGACUCAACCACUAGAUGGCAGCAAGCCCUUAAUUUUACCAGAUGAUGCUGUUGUGUUCCAUCAUUCACAUUAGGUCAAAUCACUUUUAAACACACUUUGAAAUCCGUUACAGAUUUUAUCAAAAGUAAUCAAAAAUGAUUAAAUAUUAGACAUAUCAACUAACUCCUAAUAGAACACAGUUAUAUCAGAUUUUUUUUAAAUGAAAGUUUAUUUUCUUAUUGGUCAUUAUUGGUUAAUAAAUAUUAAAAAUAUAUAAAUAUA